AAAAUAAAUUUAUAUUUAAUUUUACUUAAAAAACUUUAAAUAUAGUACAGAAAUUCUAUUUACAAUAUUUAUUUCUUUGUAACAAUUUAAUUUUUAUUAUAUGAAAAAAAUUUUAUUAAUGCCACCUUUUUAACUUUUUUUUAAAUUAAAAAUGCUCAAUAAAAUUUAUUAUUUUGCUAAUAUUUUUAGAGUAGUUCAAAUAAUAAAUAUUUGCGCGAAAUAUUCAUAUGAUAUUUUAUAAAUAUUAGAUUGUUGGUUGCUAGAAAUUACUUUAAAUAGAAGUAAAAAAUAUUAAUUAAUUUUAAAAAAAAACUUUGAUUUAUUAUUUAUCUAAUCAAUGAACGAUCUUUACAACUUUUUAGCUGGAGGUAUCUCAGGAGUAGCUUCAAGAACAGCUGUAGCUCCUAUUGAAAGAGUGAUCAUCCUUAAGCAAACUUCUAUUGAGUAGUAUUAAGGAAGUAAUACAAUUUAAGCUAUUCUAAAAAUGUAUAAAAUUGAAGGUGUAAGAUCUCUCUUCAAAGGCAAUUAUGUCAAUUGUUUAAGAAUAUUCCCUUUUUAAGCUAUUGAAUUCUUCAUGUUUGAUAAAUACAAAAAAUCAUACAAUCAAUAUAUGUCAAGCUAUAUACAGCUAAACAGAGUAGCUCUUGAUCUAAUAGCUGGAGCAUUAGCUGGAGUUACAGCUUCUGCCUGCAUUUAUCCUUUAGACUUAGCUAAGACUCAUCUAGCUGUUAACAUCUCAAAAACACCAAACGCAUCUAACCCAGGAUGUAUAUAAAUUUGGAAAGAAAUUAUUCUUCAUGAAGGUUUCAGAGGACUUUUUAAAGGACUCUCUGCUACAAUGAUUGGCAUGGCUCCUUAUGCUAGCUUAAAGCUAACUUUCUUCAAUAACUUAUAGUAUUACGCAAGUAAAUAGUUAAAUAAAGAUUAAAAAUAAAUGCCCCUUUAUUGGAACCUUGCUAUUGGCGGUCUUUCAGGAUGUCUAGCUGUUACUAUAACCUAUCCCACUGACCUGAUUCGUAGAAAUUUGCAAAUAGCAAAAAUGAAUUCUAAUACUAAACCAACUUAUCUUAGUAUAAUAAAAAAAAUUUACAACAAAAGUGGUUUAAUUGGCCUAUACAGAGGGUUACCUGCAACUUACUGCAAAAUUUUACCUUCUACAGCUAUAGUUUUUGCAAUCAAUGACUGUUUGAAAUAAAUUAGAACAAAAUUCCAAACAGGUAAACUCUUACAAUAUUGAGGAAAAGAAAAAUGAAAACUAGACAAAACUAAUGAAAAAGCUAAAUAUUAUUUAUAUAACCAACUAUAUUAGAAAAAAUUAAAGAAAAAAAUAUAAUUAUUCUUCUUAUUUUGAUCAUUUAAACAAUAAUAAUAAAUAUAUAUAAACACUCAUAUGAAAAAUAUUAAAUUUUGAUGAAUUAAUAUCAAUAUUUUGUAAUUAUUUAUAUCUCUACUAUUAAUUACUACUUGUAUCUAUAAUUUUGAUUUUGAAAUUUUCAUUUGAUAAGAAAAUCUUUUUCAUUAGAUUUAUUAUUUCAACUUUUUAACGAAAAUUUAUUAUUAUUCAGCAACAUUUGAAAAUAAAUAAGACACAC